CUUCAGCACUAGGCAGAUUGUAUAGCUGAAGGUUAUCUGGAUUGCACAUCUGCAUCGUGAGAGCUUUAUAGCGCAUAUGUGUUGGUGAAGUGCGAUCGCUGCAUUGGCAAAAGGUGUAUUUUGACCUGGGCAUAGUGGGAUUUAGCCGUAAAUGAAAACCAUUCAGGUUUAAAAAAAAUCGAUGAUAUGUUAAAUAAUAAGCAAUAUUCAGUUUUCUACUGUAUAUCGAGUAUCUUUUAGUGACCUUCGGACCCAUUACUUUUAAGGGUGUCGAUAUUUUGCCCACAGCAUAUUUGCACACUGUAAUUUUGUUUGCUCUAUCUGACCAAAAGUUCGAAAUAAGCUCAGCUGUCAAACUUCGGCAACCCCGUUCGGAAAUUACCUUGACAGUUGCUUCCUUCUCUUUCCAACUGCAUGCCGCUGUCUUGCUAGAUUGGAUGUUUUCCAACAUCAUUUUCCAAACAAUACGUGUGCUUUUCCAUCCGUCGUGAAAACUCGCUACAGCCCACGUCAGUUUUACCAACAACACAGCUCGCCCUAAAACAACAAGCGCUCCACAAUGAGUGACGGUGCUAUUAGCCUGGACGCGAAGUUUUUUGUCCGCUCGUUCAUCCGCUUCCUCUCGAAGCAAGUUGACCAGCCCAACUUCAACGAAGACUCCCGGGAAAGCAUCGAGGUAGCGAUACAGUGCCUGGAAAACGUGUACGAACUGAACGAGGGGGAUGAAUCAGCGACCGCUGCCGCCGGCACUGGAGGAGAAACCAGCGUCAAAAAAGAGGACGACCCACGGAACCGUGUCGAUCUGUACGAACUGUAUCGCAGCACGUACGUCGAGGUGUCGCCGGAACGGAAACAGGAGGCGGAAGCGCUAAAGAACGAGGGUAACCGAUUGAUGAAGGAGGAAAAGUAUCAGGAAGCCCUUAACACGUACACAAAGGCCAUUAAUAUAGAUGCAACUAAUCCGGUGUUUUAUUGCAACCGAGCCGCUGCGUACAGCCGACUUGGUGAUUACGUGCGCGCAGCGGAAGACUGCCGGGUGGCGCUCUGGCACGAUCCUGUGUACAGCAAAGCGUGGGGCCGGCUUGGUUUAGCUUACUCGAAGAUGAACGAACACAAGCAGGCCGUCACUGCGUACCAAAAUGCGAUUCGCCUUGAGCCCGAGAACCAGGACUACAAGAAUAAUUUGGGCGUUUCGCAACAGUUCCUCGAGGAACGCUCGCGCAAUCCCGGCGCUGGUGGAGCAGGUGCUGGAGCUAACCCCUUGGCCAACAUUGACUUUGCCUCGGUGAUCAACAAUCCCGAUAUGGUGCAGAUGGCAACCCGUAUGAUGGGUGAUCCAGCAAUUCACAACAUAUUGGGCCAGCUGGGUGGAAUGAACAACAUGGAUGCACUGUUAGAGACUGGGCGACGUUUGGCAAUGCAGAUGAGCAGUGAAAAUCCGGAACUGUUCAACAACGUCGCACGUCAGAUGGAGCAGGCCGGCAUCAACUUGCCGCGCAACAAUCCGCCCAAUCCUGAUGGUGAUCAACCACCACAGCCACCGUCUGCCCCGUAAAUUUGCCAUCCCACUCCAACUGGACGGCCCGUAGUAAUAUUCGAUUAACUGGAGCAUUUUUUUGUAUGUUGAAUGUUUUAUGUUGUGUGUGUGUGUAUAUUACACGGCUUUGUUUUACGGGACGUUCGCCAUGUGAAAGCUUCCAGUACGAUAUAAUGGACGAUCAAUAUUGUGUUACGAAUUGUACCCCCCCUCUCCCAUUCCCUACUUCCACUGAACAUCGCCUGAUGUCGCAAUUGAAAGAUCUCCAUGUGGCAUGUGUAACGGGCCUGUGUAUUGGCUGGUCCGGCGUAAUCCAGUUGGCGGGCAUAACUUUCCGGUCUCCGGCAACAGCAACAUUUGUAGUAGGAGGGAUAAUUAAUGACUAAUAAAAUCCAACUCACAACCAUACAUA